AUGAAUUUUUUUUUUUUUUUUAUAAUCCUUAAUUUUUUUAUGCUCAGUUUAACUUCAAGUUUAAGAAAUGGAUUUUUACAUUCUUCCACAACAUUUAGUGAGGAUUUUUGUAAAGGAAUGAACUUACAUUUUCUUAUCAGUUCUGAAGAAAUUGAUAGUAAAUUCUUUUUAAACAAGAUACUACUAUUAAUUUUAGGAGGUACAUCUUAUAUGAGAUACAACAAACAGAAUUAUUUUUCUGUUUCUAUAUAUGAUAAGAAGAUAGUAUAUAAAAAUAUAAAAAAAAUUGAAAACAUACGAGGGGCAUCUUAUUAUGAACAACUGCAAUCAGCGUUUAAAAAGUAUAUAAAAUAUAGUGGUAGAAAAACUAAUUUACUUGCAUCCUUAAAAGAAUAUUAUGAAAAAUAUAUAGUAGGAAAUAAAAAUAUAAAAGAAUCAAAAAAUAUUAUUAUUCUUGUAAAAAAAUUUACAUCAGAUGAUUUAUUUGAAUUUGAUGAAGAUUUAAAUAGGUAUAUUAAAGAAAUUAGAAGUAAGGAUGUUGGUAUAUAUUUUAUUUCUGAUGAUAGUAUCCAUUCUAAAAACAUGAUACUUAACAUUUCAGAAACUGUAUAUAAUAUGGAAGUAGAUUAUCCCAUAGCUCAUUUUGUAAGUGAAUCCUUUCGUUCUAAUGAUCUUUAUGGUGUUAAAAAAUUCUGUUAUCAAUUAUUACAUGGUGCAACUUGUGAGAGUUAUAAUGAGUGGUCAGAAUGGUCAGGUCCAUGUGAAUUUGAAAGAAGACAAAGAAUAAUUCCUCUUAAAAUAACAAACACAGAGUCUACUAGUUUUCGUUCCCAUUAUGAUCCUUCAUGUAGGAAUGUUUUUGAUUAUAACAUGGCAAUUAAAGAAGAUUUUCGUGCAAAUUGUAAAAAUAUUAUAUAUGAAUGUAGGGGUAUAUGUGACAAAGGGUAUAGGUUCAAGCCUUAUACUAAAUAUAACGAAAUAAUGGAAUCAUAUGAAGAAUGCAAAGAUUUACCUCCAUGUACAAAGGAUCAAAAAAAAAAUGGAGAUCAUACAUUAUACUCAGAUGUUAUUCUAAAUUCUUUAUUAUCAGAAGCUUCGCUUAAAGAAAUUAGAGAUCGUGAAGAUCGUACACUUAUCGAAAAAGAUAUGCCAGGUGAUACAGAAGAAAUGUCAAAUGAACGUCGAAUAAAGGAUACUCACAUUUUUCUUGAUAAUAAAAUGAAGUAUCUCAUAGAUAAACAACAUAAACUCAUUGAACAGUUACAAAAAGAUAUUCAAGAUAGAAAAAACAAAAAAGAAGAGGUAGAAGAAAAAAAAGAAGAGGAAGAAGAAAAAAAAGAAGAGGAAGAAGAAAAAAAAGAAGAGGAAGAAGAAAAAAAAGAAGAGUUAGAAGAAAAAAAAGAAGAGGUAGAACAAAAAAAAGAAGAGGUAGAACAAAAAAAAGCACAAGUAGAAGAAAAAAAAGAAGAGGUAGAAGAAAAAAAAGAAGAGGUAGAAAAAAAACAAGAAAAAUACAAAGAAAAUCAGGAGCAAAAAGAGGAUAAUAAUUUACAAGAUACCAAAAGUAUCAAUGAAACACCUACAAUAGACAUGAAAAAGAAUGAAAAUACAGUACAGAAUACACAGAAAGUAAAUGAAAUAAAAAAGACGAAUAAUCCUAUUGAUAAUUUUGAAAAUGAUGGAACUAAUAAAAUACAUAUCAUUAAUACAGGUAGUACAAAUACACAAAGUAGUCAAAAUGAUUUAGAUGGUGAUAAUUAUCCAAAUAGACAAAAUGUUUUAAAUAAUCAACUUAAUAAAUUAGCAGAUAAAAGUGAAAAAGAUAGUUCAAAUGUUUUUUCAGUUCCAAUUAAUGGAGAGAAUAUAAAAAAGAAUGAUAUAUACGAACAUCCCCAAAAGGUAGAUAGUGCAGAAGAUGUAAAUAUUAUAGAGAAUCCCAUAGUCCAAUCUAUAGAAAAUCGAAAUAAUAUAAUAAACAUGAAUAAUAAAUAUGGUAAUGAAAAUUCUUCUAAGAAUAAGAAUUCAGAGAUACGCAAUAUAAGUGUUCCGUUUGAUCUUAAUCAUCUGAACAAAAAGAAUGAUUAUGAUGGUAUUUCCGAAUCUAAUGAGAAUAUAUCUUCAUAUGAUGACAAAAAGGAAGACGUUGAAAAAAAUUUAGAAAGAAAGGUUGUGGAACAAACAAAUGAACAAAAAGAAACAGACCAGUUCAAUUUGAAUAAUGGGAAAGAAGAAGAGAAUAUAGAUAUAAAUAAAGAAAAUAAAGAAGGGGGUAUAAGUAGGAAUAAUGGUGAGAAUGUUGAAAUAUAUCCAGCAAAUAAUGGACAAAAAAUGGUGAAUCCAAAAGGGGAAGAUCUCGAAAAAAAUGUUAAUGUAAAAGAUUUAAGUGAACAUGAAUAUGGACAUGAAUUGGAAAGUAAAAGAAUUAUAGGAGGAAGAAAAAAUGAAGAUAAAGAAAUAGAAAAUAAGAAUUCUGAGGAUAAAAAAAUUAUACAAAACAAAAUUGAUGUUAAACAAAUUGGUGCUAAAGAAAUAGAAAAUGAACUUAUAGGAGGUAAGCAAAUUGAAGAUAAGAAAAUUAAGGAUGAACAAAUCAAUAGUGGGCAUAUUGAAGGUGAACAAAUUAAUGGUGUGCAUGUUGAGGAUGAACAUAUAGAUCGUGAACAUAUUGGGAAUCACAAUAUAAAAGUUUAUCAAAUUGAUGAUAAGCAAGGAACAAGUGAGAAAAAUCAAUAUAAUAACACAAAAGACUCAAGUGUAUUAUAUGGAAAAGAUAAGGAAGAAGAAUAUUUAACUGAAAGCUCAAAUAUAAAAUAUACACCAUAUACAGAUAAGAACAUUCCUUCAAUGAAAAUAGAAAAAAUAUAUGAACCCCAUAUGGUAGAAGAAUUAAAUAAAGAAGAUAAAUUAUCAAAAGAAAAUAUCGAAAAGAUUUCAAAUGAUGAAAAAAGUAUAAGAACGUAUGAGCAAGAAAAUCAUAAAAUAAAUGAAAAUGAGGAGGAAGAACGUAACAAAAUUAAAUAUAAAAAUCUAAAUAUAAAACCACAGGUUAACCAUAAAAUAAAUGAUAAAAAUAUAAAUGAUGAUAAAGAGGACAAGAAAUAUGAAUUUGCAAAUACAGAAGAAACUUAUAAGAAUAAUGAAAAAAAUCAUAAUUUGAUUGGGAAAAAUGAAAUAUCAGGUGAAACUAUGGAUGAAUAUAUUUUAUCUCCUAAACCUGUAAUUAAAAAUGAACAAGAAAGAACUCCUCAAUAUGAAGAAUUUUUAACAAAAAAAAUUAAUAAUGAUGAAGAUAAUGGAAAAAGAAUAAACAUUAACGAUCAAUUACCUUCUCCUAUAGUAUCAAAUGAAAAGAAAACAGAUGAUAUCAAUAUUAUAGAGGAAAAGGAAAAAAUAGAUAAAAUUAUCCAUAAUAAUGAUAUUCAAAAUCAAAACAAUGAAAAAAAAAAUAUACAAGAUGAAAAACUAAAAGAAUUUUCAUCCUCAUCUGAUUCUAAGGAAAUGAAAAAUAUAUCAAGUGAAAAUACAGAAAAUAAUAUAUUAUCUCACGAAAAGAAAGAAAAUCACAAAAUAAUUCAUCAAAGUAUAGAAGAAGAUACUACUUCAAAGGAUAAUGAAAAAAAUAUGAAAAAUUAUAUUAUCAAUGAUGACAUGGGGAAGAAAUAUAUAUCUAGGGAAAAUACUGGAGAAGAUAAUACUCCAAAUAAAUAUGGAAAAAAUAAAGGAAAAUAUGAUAUAUCAGAUGAUAAAGAAGAAAACGUUAAAAUAUACGAGGAAAAUAAUGAAGAACAUUCUAUUGAAGUUGGAAAUGGGGAAAACAAAGCAACUGAGGGAAAUAGUGACCAUAAUAUUAUGACAGGAGAAAAUAGAAAAAAUAAAAAUUCUCAACAAAAUAGUGACGAUAAUAUUAUGAAAGAAGAAAAUGGGGAAAAUAAAAAUUCCCAACAAAAUAGUGAGGAUAAUAUUAUGACAGAAUCAAAUGGAAAAAUUAAAUCGUCUCAGGAAAAUAGUGACGAUAAUAUUAUGACAGGAGAAAAUAGAAAAAAUAAAAAUUCUCAACAAAAUAGUGAGGAUAAUAUUAUUCCAGAAGAAAAUGGAAAAAAUAAAUCUUCCCAAGAAAAUAUUGAGGAUGACAUUGUGACAGAAGAAAAUGGGAAAAAUAAAUCUUCUCAACAAAAUAGUGACGAUAAUAUUAUGCCAGAAGAAAAUGGAAAAAAUAAAAAUUCUGAAAAAAACAAGGAAGAAGAUAUAGCAUCAUAUGAGAUAGAUAAAAAAAGAAUAUCUCAUGAAGCUGAUAGAGAACAUUUUACUCCUUAUGGAAGUAGAAUAAACAAAGAAUUUCAUAAAAAUGUUGGUUAUAAUAUUGUAUCAGGUGAUAAUGGGGAAAAAAAUAUAUCUGCAAAAAAUAUUAGCGAAGAUAUUAUUCCAGAUGAAAAUGGAAAAAAUAAAAAUUAUGAGGAAAAUAUUGAGGAAGAUAAAAUAUCAGAUAUGACCCAGAAAAGUAAAAUAUCUCAUAAAAAUGUUGAAGGACAUUUUACUCCAUAUGAAAGUGGAAAAAUAAAAAUAUAUGAUGAAAAUGAUGGAGAAUACAACAUUUCAGAUAUGAAUACAAUUAAACAUCAAGAAAAUGGUGAAAGUAAACGUAUAUUUGAAACUAAUGAUAAUAUCAACAAACAUAUAUCAUCAAGUGAUAAUAAUAAUAAUAAAAUUAACAAAAUGAAAGAGAAUAAUAUAUUAAUAAAUGAAUCACAGGAUAAAAAUAUUGAAGAACAUAAUAAAUUAGAUAAUAUUCUUAAAAAUAAACAUCUAACAUCUGAUGAAUCUUUAGAAAAAAUUAAGGAAGAAUAUGCAAAUACAGGAAAAAAUAAAGGAUCAAUUAACAAUGAGGAGAAGUUUGAAGAAACACAAGAAAAUAUAAAAAAUGAUGAAACUAUAAUUGAAAAGAAGGAAGAAAAUGCAGAAUCGGAUGAUUUAAAAAUACACAAUAUAUCUAAUGAAAAUAUUAACAAAGGCAUACUACAUUCUGAUAAUUAUAAUAAGGAUAAGUCAUAUAAUGCACAAGGGGUAACCCAUAGAGAAAAUGAUGAUACAACUAAUGGAACUAAUAUAUCAAAUGAUGGAUUAGAUAAACAUGUUAACAUAGAUCAGUAUAAUUCAAAAGGAGAAAAUAUUCUUCAGGAAAAUAAGGAAGAUAUAUUACCAAGUGUAUCAAUUAAUAAUAGUGUAGAUCAUAA